GUUGGGUUUGGGGCUUCGUAGCCGCGGGGAGGGAAGGGGCGCUUGUGGGGCCGAGAUCCGGAGCCAUCUGUCCGCAGAUCCCUUUCGCCCAGUGUCCUGCGUGGUGUCCAGCUGUACCCAAGUCUAGGCCUUUACCGGUCUCUGGCCAUCAGAAUUUACUUUGGAAGCGUUAGAUUUUUGGGUUAAAGAUAAUUUUACUAUUGUCGUGCAACAGUUGUGUAAAUCUGGUGAAAUUACGCCGGCGUUAUCACGUGCUCUGUAAGGCCCUUUCCAGUUCCUAACAUUUCCCGGCGAGAUGAAUCUGUCAGCACGUAGAAGAGAUACUGGCUCUCACGGAACCAAAACGUUUUUUACCCCCUCAAAUUGAAUUUUGUUUCCUUUUUUUUUUUUUAUAGCAAUUAUGUAUUGUGGGGGAAGGGGGACGCUGAAAAAGCUAUAGCAAUCUCAUCCUCGAGAGAGUCGCUAUGAACAAUUUGGGACACAAACAGAUAUUCGUGUUACAUAAGUGGGGUGUUAAUGCGAUCUACUUUUUCAUACAUGAAGGACUUUUUCUAUGUCAGUGCAUAAACAUCUUUCCACUGCCUUCUCAACUUGCACUGAUUUGGACCCAAAGCCUGUAAGGCAAGAAUUUUCUUCUCCCUGAACCUUGACCAGUGGCCAACCUUAGCAAAGAAACUCCUGAAAGAUUUAAUAAAAUAUCACUGCAGUGGCCAAGAUGUUGGAUGGAAAUAAGCUGAAUUCAGGAGGCUGGUUUUAACUGAUUUAUCUUCCCUGUGAGAAGUUAGACACUUUCAAAGUUUCUCAUAAUAAAAAGUAAUAGUUUGAGUGUUCAAGGACAAUAGCCAUCUGACUUUGGUUAUUCAUUAUGCAGAACAGACAAGGAUAUUGCAGCUAUUGCCGUGUACGCUAUAAUAACCUGGAACAGCAUAUAUCCAGUGAUCAGCACAGAUUCUUGACCACACAAAGUAGACAAUGGAUGGGUACCACUAGUUUGAUGGAACGUUUCUUGCGGGAUGUACUGUGGCACCACUCAUAUCAUUAUCAAAAAAGCAGAUCAAUGCAAAAUGAGAGACUUCAUAUGGCUACUGUGUUCCCUUCUGGAGUGGUUCCUAAUGAUGAUUUUAUUCCUGAAGUAAUAAAUGAGGGUGCUGCUGGAGUCAGAGAAGAGAUAUCCACCAAGGCUCUUGAACCUGUUGAAGAAUUGUAUUCUAGACCUAGUAAAUCUCAGGAAUAUAUACAGAGUGUUUCAAUUCGACCAUCAGUUAUUCAAAAAAUGGAGAAAGGACAGCAGCAGCCCUUGGGGUUCAUUCAUAAAAUUGGGAGCAGUAUGAAAGAAUUUAAUCCAGUUGGUAUUGAUCAAGCUACAAAUAAUAGACAAAACGUAGUAUGUUCAUCAGUGAUUUCUAAUGCUCCUGUUAGUCAUUUACCUGAAAGUUCUCAUGAAAGACCAGUUACAACUACUACUACUACUGGGUUACCACUAGGAGCCCAUUUGGAUUCAGUUAGCAAAUGUGACCCAAACAAAGUUGACAAACACCUUAAACAGCUAGACAGGGACUCUAGAAACCCUAUGCUAUCAUCCCAUCCAGAAACUCCUUCAGUUACAUAUCAGAAACCUAAAGAAUCAAACAGGAAAUCUUUAUGUAUAAAUUCAGAUAAAUUGAUUAUACAGAAAGAUGUAAAAUCUCAGUGUAAAACUUUGUCAACUGGGUUUAAAGUCCAUGAAUUUGUGGGUACUGAAGGCUCCUUAAAAUUGGAACAUCUUUCCAAAUUAACAGUAAACCCAGCAGUAAACCUGGAUAAAACUGACAUGCCUUCUAGAAAAGGAAUCCUUGAAGGUGGCAUUCCAAAGCACCAUGAGAAAUUCUUUCCUAAUAUGGAUCGCACUCAAGAAGGAAAGCAUUUGGUUUUUAACAAGUCAGCCUUUUUGGAACAGAAGAUUUUAGUGAGUUCUGAAAUGAAAUUUGCUGGUGGCCCUCUUCAGUCAGCAUCUGAUCAUCCUGAAGAGACUGUGCCAGACCUUUGGAAGGAGGAGCAAAUUUACCAAGAAGAUAAGAACUGUGAAUCAAGAGGUUCUGAAAUGAGUUUUGAUGGCAGUUCCUCUUUUUAUUCACUGACAGACCACUCUAAAGUGACUGCCAAAAAAAUAAACCUCUCAAAGGAAGUACAUGCUGAUUUGCAGUGUAAGAACAAUAAAUUUUGUGUUUCUGAAAUAAGCUCUGAUUGUGAUGGCUCCCAUCAGUUGACUUCCAACCGAACUCAAGUAAUUGUUAAAGAUGUAAGUGUUCAGAAGGCAAUGCAUAUUAGGCUGGUUGAUGAAAGCUAUGAAUCUAGUGAUUCUGAGAUGAAUUUUCAUUGUGAUGCCUCACUUCAGGCAACUGAUGACUACCCCCAACACUCUGAAGAAGAAGUAAAACUUCCUAAGGGGGCACACGUUGGCUUGCUUGAUAUGAAGUAUGGAUCUAGUAGCUCUGAAAUUAGUGCUGUCUCUGUUUUCUCACUUCAAUCAGUGGUUGACCCAUUCCCAGUGGCUGUCACAGAAACAAAACUUCAGAAGAAGGUUCACAUUAGCUUGGUUGAUGAGAACUAUGGAUCGAGUUGUUCUGAAACAAGUUUUGAUUGUGAUGUUUCUCUUCAGUCAGUAGCUGACCAUCCUCAACUGGCUGUCAAAGAAAGAAACCUGGAGGAUAGGCUUGUCUUUCUGAAAGAUAAGACUCGUAAACCCAGUAGUGCUAAAGUACAUCUCGAUUGUGAUGUCUCUCCUGAGACCAUGACUGAUGAGCCUCAGAGGGCUGUUGAAGAAAUUAGUCUUCUGAAAGAGAAGAAUGACCUUGUGGAUAUGAACUCUGAGUCUCAUGGUCCUGAGAUGAAUUUUCAUCUGAUGAAAACAGAUGCUCAGUUAGUGCCUGGCCAGUCCCAAGUGGCAGUUAAAGAGGUAAAUGCUCAGGAAGUAGCUAUUGACCUGGAGAAUAAGAGUGUUAAAUCUAGCAUUUCUGAUCUAAGUUUUGAUUCUCAUCCUUCUCUUUAUCUAUCAGCUAAUGAUCAACCUCAAGGGGCUUGUGGUGAAAUAAAUCUGAAAGUGUUAAAUGUUGACAUGGAAGUUAAGAGCUAUGGGUGCUCCAGUUCUGAGUUAACUUUUGAUUCUGAUCCUCCUCUCAUGUCAGUUACUGAGUAUCCUGAACUGGAUGUUGAAGAAAUACAAAAGAAGCACAUUAACCUGGAAGAUGACAGCUUUGAGUCAAUUAGUUCCGAAAUAACUUUUGGUUCUGAUAUUCCUCUUCACUCAGUAGUUGACCAAUCUCAAGUAGCUUUUUAUGAGGAGGAGCCUAUUGAUCUGGAAAAUAAGAGUAAUGAAUCUUGUUUUUCUGAAAUAACUUUUGACUCUGAUACACCUCUUCAUUCAGGGACUUAUCAUGCUGAAGUAGCUGUUAAAGAUACAUUCAUUCAGAAAGAAGAGUGUACAUACUUAGGAGGAAAGGAGGAUGAACCCACUGGUUCUGAAAUAAGUUUGGAUUCUUGUAUCUGUUUUCAUUCAGUGAUUAGCCAUUCAGAAUAUGAUGUUAAAAAGCUAAAUCCUCAAAAAGAAGAGUGGGCACACUUAGAAAAUAAGGAAAAUGAACCUAGUGGUUCUGAAUUAAGUUUUGAUUAUGAUAUUUUUCAUUCAAUGACUGGACAUUCUGAAGAUCCCAUUAAAGAAAGAAACCUUUGGGAAGAAGAGAAUAUACACUUAGAAAAGAAGGGUAAUGUACCUGUUGUUUCUGAAAACAGUUUGAAAUCUGAUAUUUCUUUUCAUUUAGUGACUGAUCAUCCUGACAUAGCUAUUAAAGAAAUAAACCAAAAAGAAGAACAUGUAAACUUAGCAGAUAAGGGUAAUGAGUUAAGUGUUUCUGAAACAAGUUUGGGUUCCGAUAUUUCUCUUCAAUCAGUGACUCACAAACCUGAAGUAGUUGUUAAAGAACUAUGGCUUCAAAAAGAAAAGAAUACUAAGUUAAAAGGUAAAAGUGCUGAAUUUAGUGGUUCUGAAGUAAAUUUAGAUUCUGAUUAUUCAAUGACUGAACCUCAAAUAGCUGUUGAAGAAAUAAAUGUUCAGAAAGAACGUGUUGUUCUAGAGAAUAAGAGUGAUAGAUAUAGUGGUUCUGAAAUAAUUUUGUACUCUGAAGUCCCUCUUCAGUCAAUGAAUGAAAAAACUCAAAUAACCAUUUUGAAGGAGGACCAUGUUGACCCAGAAGAUGAAAGUACUAGACCUAGACAUUUUGAAAAAAAUUUGGAUAAUGAUACCCCUCUUCAUUCAUUCAUUGACCAACCUCAACUAGCCCUUUUGAAGGAAAAGCAUGUUGAUCUGGAAGAUACAAACAAUGAAUCUAGUGAUGGUAAAGUAGGUUUUGAUUUUGAUGACCCUCUUCAGCCAUUGACCAAACAAUUUCAGGAAGUUGUUGAAAAAAAUCUGUGGAAGGAAGAGAAUAUGGCCCUGAAGAAUAAGGUUGAUGAACCUAAUGCUUCCAAAUUAAUACAUGACUCUGAUGUUUCUCUUCCAUCUGUGUCUGAUCUACCUGAAGUAGCUGUUAAACGAAUAAACCUCGAGAAUGAAGGUCAUGUGUACCUGGAAGAUAAAAACAGCCAAUAUAGUGGUUCUGAAAUGAGUUUGAAUUGUGAUCUCCUGGUUCAGUCAAUAGUUGAUCAUCCUCAGAUAACCAUUGUGGAGCAGGAGCAUAAUGAGCUAGAAGAUAAGCACAAUCAAUCUUGUGGUUCUGAAAUAAGUUUUGAUUCUGAUGACCCCUUUCAGUCAGUGGCCAACCAGCUUAGAGAAACUGAAAAAGAAAUAAGCCUUUGGAAGGAUGAAGUUGCCAUGGAAGAUAAGAGAGAUGAAUCUAAGCGUUUUGAAAUUGUAUAUGAUUCUGAUGUCCUUUUUCAGUCAGUGGGUGGCCAAACUGCAGUUGUUAAGGAGAUCAACCUUUGGAAGGAGCAUGGUGACUUGGAAGAUAAGGUUGUCAAACCUAGUGAAUCAAAAAUAAAUUUUGUUUCUGAUGAACCUCUUCAGUCUGUGGCUAAUGAAAUUCAAAAGGCUAUUACAGAAAUAAAUCUUCUGAAGGAGGGACAUGUUUGUCUGGGUGCUAAGAGCUAUGAACCCAAUGAUUCUGAAAUCAUUUACGUUUCAAAUGCCCCUCUCCAGUCAGUGGUUGAGCAACCACACAUUUUGGAGGAGCAACAAGCCAAUUUGGAAGGUAAGAGCAAUGAUCCUUGUGGUCCUGAAAUAAGUUUUGUUUCUGAUGAUCCUCUUCGGUCAGUGACUGGCCAGCUUCAAAAAGCUGUUGAAGAAAUAGGUCUUUGGGAGGAAGACCAUGUUUACCUGGAAGAUGAAUAUAAACUAGGUGAUUUUGAAGUAAGUUCUGAUAUUGACUUCAUAGCUGGUCAUUCUCCUGUGGCUGUCAAAGAAAUAAACUUGCAAGAGAAGGAUCAUAAUGACUUAGAAAAUAAGAACCGUGAACUUCAUGUUUCUGAAAUAAAGUAUAAUUCUGGUGUUCAUCUUUGGUUAGAAGUUGACCAACCUCAAGUAGUUUGCAAAGAAAUAAACCUUCAGAUGGAAAAGCAUCUUGGCAUGGUAGAAAAGGCCAGUGAACCUAGUGAUUCUGAAAUAAUAUGUGAUUCUGAUGUUCCUCUUCAAAUAAUGAUAAAUCAACUUCAGGUGUCAGACAAAGAAACAAAUCUUCAGAAGAUGCUAUUUGUGGACCUGAUGACCAGUGAUCAUGACUGUGAAAUGAUUUCAGAUUCUGAUGUCCCUUUUCAGCCAGUGAUUGACUCACCUCAAAUGACUAUCAAAGAAAUCAGCAGUAUAAAUGCAGAAAGUUUUGUUCUGGAAGAUGAAAACCGUGAUUCUGAGGUAGGAUAUGUUUGUGAAGCCUCUCCUCAGUCAGUGACAAACCAUUCCAAAAAGACCUUCAAAGUAGUAAACCAGAAACAAAACUAUAUUAUUCUGGAAGAGGCAAGCUGUGAACCUUAUGUUUCUGAACUAAAUUUUCAAAUUGAUGCCUCUCAUCAGUCCAUGACUAACCAGUCACAAGAGCCUGAAAAAAAAAAAAAGGCAAAAUAUAUUGACCCAGAAGAUAAAAGCUGUCAAUCUAAUAGUCCUAAAAGAAAUUUUGAAUGGGAGACUUCUCAGCCAGUGACUCACCAAUGGCAGAAGGUUGACAAAAGAGUCAACCUUUGGAAAGAUGUAAAUAUUGGCCUAAAAGGUGAGAACUGUGAAUCCAGUGUUUCUGGGAUGGAUUGUAAUGCAUCUUCUGAGUUGGUGAUCCAUCAAAUGCCUGAUAAAGAAAAGCUUUUGAAGUUGAAACAUACCGAUCUAGAAAGUAUGAGCUGUGAACCUUGUGGCUCUGGGAUGAAUUUUCAAUGUGAUCCCUCUCUUCAAUCUGACAAUGACCAGCCUCAAGAAACUGCUAAUAAAAUAGACUUAUUUAAGAAGAUGUCUUUUGACCUGAAAGAAACAAACCAUGAUUCCCAUUCAGGCUCUGUUCCCGUGGUUGAUUCUGUAAGGAACCUGGAAAAAGCAAAGGAGGUCAUAGAAGAUGAUCCUGAUGAACCAGUUCUUAAAGACUUGCCUCAUGUCCCUCCUUUAUUUGUGGGGAAAAUGUGGUCUCAGAUAAUGAGAGAAGAUGACAUGAAAGUUAAUGCUCUAGUGAAGGAAUUUAAGAAAGGUUGUUUCCACUGUUACCUUGGUGAUGACUGUGAGACCAGGAUAAUUAAAAAAAAAAUUUGAAUGAAGGAAAAAAGAUUACCUGGACUGACCUCAAUCAGGACACUACAUCAGUUCCAGUUCUUUCAGAUUGUCAUGACAAUACAGGUGGUAUUUCAGAUAUUGAUGACUUUUCAGUGGCCUUAGAGAAACCUAGCUACUAUCCUUCAGUGCAGAGGCAUUAUGAACAAACAUGGCGAGUGGCUUCUCCAUGCCAGGCUAUAAAAGUCAGCCAUGGAACUCAAACCAAUCUCACAAGUCAUCCAGAGACAAAAAGAAGAAUAACUGGACAAGAGAAAGACUCUCCAGUAAGAAAGCGUUUACUUUUAUAGAAUGACAGAAAAACAAGAAAAAAAGUAAAAAUUGUAAAAGUUGAAUUUCCUGAAUCAUGUAUCACAGUUUUGAAGACUUUGCAACCAAAUGCCUUAACUUAUGUUCUUUCUUCAAAUUUUAAGCUGAAGAAAGGUGAACCCAACAACUUCUCUAAAAGGAGGCACCAUAAUAGAAAUAAUUGGGAUAUUAGCAUACGGUACAAAUUUAACCAGAAUUCCUUUAAUUGUAAUGACCCAUUGAAUAAGCAGAUUGUAACUGAUCCUUCUCUGAACAUAGAGGUACCAGGGUCUGACAGGAAUAACUGUGUUGAAGUUCAUUUUAGCCACCUAAAUUCCAAUGCAGGAGAUGAUGACAUUUAUGUACAAAGCUCUGCUUCAGCACCUUUUAUGACAGUAUCAGUAGGACAUGAAUUAAUGUCACAUCAGGAGGCCAGUGAAUCUUCUUUGUUUCUGGAAAAAGCCAACAUUUUGAAUUCUAGUUAAGUUUCAAAAGAAAAUAAUUUCCAGUCAACUCUUUUAAGUCGUGAUGUUGCCAAAAUUUCUCUGAAAUCAAUUAGAAAUAAGUUUUUGGAAAGUAAAAGGAAAAUUCAGAGAAGGAAGGUGACAACUAAUAAUAAGCCAGGUUUUCCCAAAAAAGGUUAUAGAGCAAUUAUUUCCCAGCAAAAAACCAGAAUUGCUCCAGAAAAAGUCAAUUUGGAUUCAGACCAAACUCAGUGAUAUAAUUAAAAAUUAUAUUCCAAAAUAUUCUGGUUUUUUUGCAUCACAAAUAUUGGUCCAGGAGCACUUUUGUUAGGAUGCAUCUUAAGAAGAAAAAAUCUGAUGUCAGUAGGUUAAAGAAGGCGAAGAGACCAGCUAAAAUGCUUUGCAACAGCUGGAGCUGAAGAGCAGUCAGGAGCUAUAGCAAGCUCUUCUCCCAAGCCACCCACGCAGAGCUCUUCCGGUGUUGCAGGAAGUGAGAAGAAUGGUAAUAAAAAAAGCCCUAGAGACAACAAAGAAAGCCUUCUAGACCUGUUAGAACAUAUGCCUUGAGAAGUUUGUAUUCUGGUGUACCAUACACAGAUAGAAUGAGGACUCGGCUCUCUAACAAAUCGUGAGGUAAUGAGGUAAACUAGAGGUGUUUCUAUUAAGGGCUACUUGAGGAUUGAGUGCUUCAGCUGAAAAUAUAUUUGGUACCUAGUGUACAUAGCUUUCCUAACUUUGGUGAAAAAAAUGAACCUUCAACUAUUUUGCUAUAGACUUAUUUUUCAGAACUUAUACAUUAAUUUAAAGUUAGUGUUUAGGGUCCUUUUUUUUAAAUUAAAAAACUCCCUUUGUCCAUUUGCUGUGGAAGAGCUUCAUCUUAAUUUAUAUUACAUAAUUUAGCACAGCAUAUACAACUUUCUCCUUCAAAUCAUGUCCCUCUUAUUUAUUUCUUAUGGUUAUGUCUCAUGUCAGCAGGUUAUAAUAUCGCAAGAAUGAAUAUGGCAAAUAUAAAAUGAUGUCUUAUUUUUCAUUUUUUAAAAAUUGGAACAAAUGAAUAUAUAGUUAUUUUCUGUGUGUUUCAGAGUGGCAUUGUCCAUAUCAUAUUCUAACUGGAUAAUUAAAAAAGAAGAAACUCUAAUGGAUUAUCUCAGCUUUCAAAUGGGGUUAACCUAAAUAAUCACACAAAAUAUAAUUUAUCUUUCUUUUAAAAGCAUUCCAGAGAAUGAGAUUUCAUAAACUUUAAUGCAGUUUUAAAAAACUGCCUGGUGAUUUUAAAUAUAUAACACAAAUUCUUCUUGCUUCAUUUAAACUGGAUCUGCAGGUAUCUAACUUUCCUUAUUUGGACACACGCAUACAUAAAAUUUCUGUAGGUUUUUCUUUAGCAUUAUUAGAUCUUAAGGGGAAAACGAUCUUGCCAGUGUGAUUAUGCUUUUCUACCAUCUUUAUUCCCCUCCACCUAAAGGGUCGGUGGUUUAAUAUGAAAAUCCAAUUAUCUUAUGGCUUUAUCUCUUAAAAACAUUUUAGAUAUUUCCAUAUUCUUUUUUUUUUUUCUUUUCUGUAUCCUUUUUUAAUAGCUUGAACUGAAAUGACUGGUUUGGUAACUUGGGCAGACCAUUAAUUGUUAUUGAUAAGUUAUAAUCUUAAUAAUCAAAAAAUCUAGUAAAACUGGUAACCUAAGUGGAGGCCCAAUAUGUAUUUGUACAUUGGUUUGGCUUUUCUUCAACUUGCUAACUGAUUUUAGUAGUUCAAAUAAAAGAUGUCAGGGUAUGCACUUUAGGUCUGAGGUACUCAGAAAAUCUUUAGAUCCUUUAUUCAGGGACACUGGUUGAGCUGAUACAGAUGCAUUCAGUUAUCCUUUUAAGGCAAGAAUCCUGGAUCCUUUUCUAUCAUUGAUGUUAAAAGGAAACACGAAUUUCAGCUAUUACCAUAUUUUAUUGUAUAAACCAUAUUUUGUUGAAACUAGAUCAGUGUGCCAUGAUUUCAGAGAUAAAAAUUUGUUAUCUUAAAAUUAAGUACAGAGUCAGCAGUAGUGAGCUGCCACCAUGGCUGCCCAGCUUUCUGUGUUGAGAAUGUGGUAACUGUUGGAAAAACCAUUCUUGAAUCAUUUUACUGACUUCCAAAAUUUGAGAAUGGGUUUCCACAUGCCACCAUUCUGUUCCAUUUCCCACUUGCACCUUCAUGUUCUGGCACCAGCCGAUCAGCUUAGCUUCUUAUCAGGAUUGGUUUAUAAAGUGAAUUCCUAUUGGUUUAUCACAGAUUACUGUGUAUUUGAUUGACAAACUAAGAACAUGAAAAUGUCAACAGUGGAAGAUUUUCCUAAUCUUGGCUAAUCAUAAACUGAUAUUUUGGUCUGUCUGAGGUCUAAUUACAAUUGUAAGGUUCAUUGGGUUUUAUGAGAAGCUAUUACUGGGUAGCCUUGAAUUGUCUCUUAAUGUUUGUUUCCUGAAAUGUGUUAUAGUUACGUGACUAUUUUGUCAUUGGCUCUGUUUUAAUGGUUCCUUGUCUAAGGUAUACGAUACUGUAGAUAAAAUCCCAUUAAAACAAAUUCUGU